UUCAAAUUGUAACAGUAUACUUUCACAGUAAUAUUACAGUAAAUUAAGUAAUAUUAUUAUUGUAGCAUAACAUUGUCAUCAUGUCAUUCAAAUUCCCAACUUUCAACUUACAAUCAAUUCAAGAAUCAUUACCAACUGUUGAUCAAGUUAAAGAAUCAUUCGCUAAAGUUAAUGCUUCUAAAACUGUAGAUCAAUUCCGUGAACAAAUUACUCCAUUUGCUCAUAAAACAAGUGAAUUACUUUCAACUCAAUUAGCUCAAGUUCAACAAUUAGCUAAUUUAAAUGUAGCAGAUUCUAAAAUUGAAGUUAGUGAAUUACCUGCUGAAUAUUUACAAUUAGAACAUAAUUGUGAUUUAUUAUUAAAAUUAUAUACUGAUUUAAUUCUGUUUUCUAAUGAAACUUAUGGUAAAAUUAGUUAUGAUUAUCCUCCAGGAAAUUAUGCUAUUACUAAAAUUAGAGAAGCUAAUGUUGGAGGAGUUAUUUCAUCUAAAUUUAAUCAAUUAAAGAAUGUUUCUUCUCCACAAGAAUUAGAAAAUAUCUUAUUAGGUAGACAAGAAGCUAAUUCUACUGGUGAAGAAGAAGAAGUAUCAAUUCAAACUACUUCUGCCAAUCUUCCAAAAACUUUAUUUGGACAAUUAUCUACUAUUUCAGAAAAACAUAGUGAAGAAUUAAAAACUUCCAAUAGUCCAUUAUCUCUUGCUCUUUUACAACUUUCAUCUACUUAUUUGGAAAUUGCCAGUGCUAGAUUAGAACAAGAUAAGAAGAUUACUAAAGAUGUUAAUAAUAAAUUAAUUACUAUUUUAAAUGAAGAAUUCAUUAAAGUAACUGAAUUAAGAAAGAGAGUCUAUGCUUCUCGUUCAGAUUUUGAUAUUAUUAGAGCUAAAGUUGGUGAUAAUGAUCAAGAAGAUGAAGAACUUAUUUCUAAAGAAGAUUCAUUAGUUAGUGCCACUGAAACUGCAGUCGUAGAAAUGAAGAAAUUAUUAAGACCAUCUAAGAAUAUUAAUUUAUUAAAAGUAUUUGUUCAAGCACAAAAGGAAUUUUUUGAAUUGAGUGCUAAGAAAUUAGCUGCUUUAAGUGCUGGUUUAGAUAAGAUUGAAAUCCCAGAAGAUGAAGAUGAUGAUGAAUAGCUCAUAAUCUCAGCCCUGGAUUCAUUUGUUGAUAUCUAGUGUUUGGCUGGUUUAUUGUUUGGUUAUAUCUCGUGCUAUUUUAUUCCAGUUUGAUUUUUUAUAUAUUAUAUGUUAGUUCUAGUAAAUUGUUUGAUUUUUAUAGUUAUUUUAUUACAGUAUAUUGGGAAAGUAUAUAUAAUGACUUCAGAUAAUAA